AACGAUUUGUGGGCGGCAACUGCUUCUGGUUUUACUCCCCAACAAGGAAAAGGAAGAGCAUAAAGCAGCAUUUGCGAGAAACACUUGUGGCCGUCAAUCUUUCUUUCUCUAGAUUCAGCCAAGUGUACAAAAGAGAAACAGUGGGAUGGCAAGCUCCGGGAGAUCCUUGCAGGCAUCUGCAAUUAAUAACGAGUAAUUUACCGAGCUCUUUAAAACGAUGUGAGGCCCUUGUGCUCUGCUGAUAGUUCAGACGUAUCGUUCACCUUUAGCCGGAUGGACUGAUUGCACGGACUUUAACAUGGGUGUUCCUGCAUAACUCCAAGGAAGAUAGAGAGGAAUAAGAGGAAAAGGGGACGAAGACCAAAAGAAAGAAAGAUCCUUGCCUUCUUCUCCUCAUUGUUCUUUGCAUCAAAGCCGAAAGCCAUCUUGUUCUUGAAGAUAUGUUUUUUUGAUAUUUAUGCUUCUGUCUUUAGCUGUAUUGUUCUGCCAAAAAAAUCCUGGUUUUAGUUCUUAACACAGAGGAAAGUAUUCUUUCCAGCUUCAAUAUUCCGACUUUAGACUGUUCUUGACUUUUGAGAGAUACCCACUUCCUUCUUGCCACUUGCUGAAACUUUGGCUUCUACUUGAGGUCUUUUUCCUUAUAGAAAGCAUUGCCUUAGAUGGUUAUCACAAACCUUUGUAUGAGCUUGAGUCUGGAAGAAGAGUGUUUGAGGUGUUAACUUUCAUUGCAGAGCAAUCUAAACAAUGGAUGAGGCGAUAAGAGAAUUUUGAAACUUUGGUCUGCCUUGUUUUCACCUCUCUUGUUUUAAUUUGUCGCUUUCCUUUAUGUUACUGCCGAAGUCCAAGAAAGCGAUUGAGUGAAACGUGGGUUAUGAUUCGCUCUUCUUUUUUCCAUGUCAUCCGAGUCAUAAAGUUUUCUUCUUUGUCUUCUGUCGAACCAUUAAGAGAUGCUUUCACUGCUUUGAGUAAUCAUAACAACAAUCACUUUUCUCGUUUUAUCUAUAUGGAAAGCUUCUGAGUCGGUUUCAAUUCUCCGUUCGAUAACGUUGUUUUUAGAAGUUGGUGUUAUGCGGUUGAAUUCCUUGCCUGCGAUGAGGCUGGCCUCCCUGUUUCUGGGCUUGUUUUUGGGUUCUGUUUUGGUGGUGAUCGUUGAUGGAAUUGGUGUUAAUUGGGGAACGCAGUCUUCCCAUGCUCUGGAGCCUCAAAUUGUGGUUGGAAUGUUGAGAGACAAUGGGUUCAAGAAUGUCAAGCUUUUCGAGGCAGACUCUAAAAUCAUGACUGCAUUGGGUAACACCGGGAUUGAUGUCAUGGUUGGUAUUCCAAAUGACAUGUUGUCAACUCUGGCGCGCAGUACAAGUGCUGCUGAAGAAUGGGUUUCCAAGAAUGUUACUGCCUUCGUUUCCAAAAACGGAGUGAACGUCAAAUAUGUAGCUGUUGGAAAUGAACCUUUCUUACUUACUCUCAAUGGAACCUUCCUCGGGGUCACUUUCCCUGCUCUUCAAAAUGUUCAGAAUGCUCUUGUUAAGGCUGGUUUAGCAAACAGAGUGAAGGUUACAGUACCCUUCAAUGCUGCUGUUUAUCAAUCUUCAACUCAGUACCCUUCCGGGGGUGACUUCCGGUCAGACAUUCGUGAUCUCAUGCUGUCCAUUGUGAAAUUUCUUAGUGACAAUGGAUCCCCAUUUACUGUUAACAUCUAUCCAUUUAUUAGCUUAUAUAGUGACCCAAACUUCCCAGUUGAUUUUGCAUUCUUUGAUGGCACUGCACAACCACUGGAUGACAAUGGAAGGACGUACUCAAACGUCUUUGAUGCCAAUCAUGAUACAUUGAUUUGGGCACUCCAGAAGAAUGGAUUUGGCAACAUGUCAGUGAUUGUUGGGGAAAUUGGCUGGCCGACUGAUGGUGAUAAGAAUGCAAAUCCCCAAUAUGCUCAAAGAUUCAAUCAAGGUUUCAUGAAACACAUCUCCCAGGGGCAGGGCACGCCCAUGAGAAGUGGACCUGUUGAUGCUUAUUUGUUCAGUCUCAUAGAUGAGGAUGAUAAGAGUAUUCAGCCAGGAAACUUUGAGAGGCACUGGGGCAUCUUCAACUAUGAUGGAACUGCAAAGUAUGUUCUGAAUUUGGGUCAAGGAACUAGCAGCCAGCUGAUCCCAGCAAAAGGUGCCAAGUAUAUGGCCAGGAAGUGGUGUGUAUUUAAACCAGGAGCUAAUCUGACGGACUCUCACGUCGCUGAUAGCGUGAGCUAUGCAUGCGCCCUAUCGGACUGCACGAGUCUUGUAUAUGGUGCAUCUUGCAACAAUCUGGAUAGCCGUGGGAACAUAUCAUAUGCAUUUAACAUGUACUAUCAGAAGAACAACCAGGUUCCAAUUGCUUGUGAUUUCAACAACCUUGCUACAGUGACAACCACGGAUCCAUCAACAGGAAACUGCAAGUUCGAGAUCAUGAUUGAUCAGAGUGUGACACUUACUGGUGGGUGCAAUUGCAGGCAGGUGACAUUUGCAGAAGUUCUGUGUUUAUCGAUAUUUGUGUUCUCAGUUUUGGCAUUCCUGUGAUUUAAUUUGUUUCUUCAUUUUACAUGAAAUAUUUAUUCUGGGCUUUUUCCUUCUUCCUGCUACUGGUUAUGUAUGAUCUCUGGGAUCCAAACCCGGCAUGGAAACUGAGCUACUCAGUUCACAAUGGCAGGAUAUUUUGUACAAAA